CAGUCCGGUAUCACAUGAACGAGCAGGGACCAAUCGGCACGGCGCUGCCGGAGAGUGCUGGCUCCUUUACACCAAGAUAGGGGGAAAAGACUGAAUAAAAGGAAACCGUGCCAGUGAGCCUGUACUGACCACAAAACCCCACGGAGGAGCCUAGAGCCGCCGCCAUUGGAUAUUUUCACCCGUUUUCUUAUUAUUCCCAUGCGUUCCUGGCUGUGGAUUAUUCUGUUUGGCACUGGGGCGGACGGAAUGGAUAAGGCCAUGGCCCUAACAUAUUGAAUAGCUCGUUGGUGGUGGGGGGGUGGAGGCGAGACGCGCACCGUGGAGACAAUUUAUGGGGCAUUGUGCGAGGAGGAAAAUGGUGGAUUAUUUGCACUGUAUCAUAAAAACCUUCCUCCGUUUGGAUAUUCUGCCAUAAGACACUGUUUGUGGCAUUUCUGCGCCUGUCUCGGCCGUGUCUACAGUAACUCAGGUCGUGUUAUAGCGGUUGGUAGGUAGGUACCCCCCCUCCAGCUCGAUCCGAACGACCUUAUCCAUUUCUAUUUUUUUUUAUAUACAUGUAGGAUUCUUGUGUCGUUUCGACGCCUUCGCCCUCCCCUCCCUGAGAGUAACAUUUGGAAACAAUAAACUGUUGGAUUACUGAACUAUGGAUUUCACCAGCGGCAGCGGCGGCGGCGGGGCCAACGAGCUGCACAACAACCAGUUUUAUCAGUGCGAGGAGAACAAGCCUCUGCUGGGGGAGAUGUCGGAGGGGAAUAAUAACACCAAGCUGAGCGCAGGGCCGUGCAAGAGGUCCCUGCACCACUGCAGCAGCAGCGGGAUGCGAUACAAGCUGCUGCACGAGGGGGACAUCCAGGUAUGCGUGGUCAAACACCCCCGCACCUUCCUCAGCAAGAUCCUCACCUCCAAGUUCCUGCGGAGGUGGGAGCCGCACCACCUCACGCUCACAGACAGCAGCCUGACCUCGGCCACCCCCACCGGUUACAUGGAGACGUCAUUGUCCUACAGCUCUAUAGAAGACCUGCAGCUCCUUUCAUGGGACAAUGCUCCGAAGUACUGUGUCCAACUUAGCUUCCCUGGUGGCACCGUCCUCUUGCAGGCUGCAAACAGCUACUUGAGGGACCAGUGGUUUCACUCCCUGCAGUGGAAGAAAAAGAUCUACAAGUACCGUAAGGUCCUGAACAACCCCAGUCGCUGGGACGUGGUGCUGAAGGAGAUCAGAGCCCUGGUGGACAUGGCUCUUACCUCACCGCUACAGGACGAGUCCAUCCACCAGGCUCCUCUGCACAUCAUCUCCACUCUGCUGGCUGAGAACUCUAAUCUCAGCACUCAGGAUCAUGAGAACAUCAUAGUGGCCAUUGCUCCUCUCCUGGAAAACAACCACCCACCACCUGACCUGUGUGAGUUCUUCUGUAAGCACUGUCGGGAGCGGCCGCGGUCGAUGGUCGUGAUUGAAGUGUUCACUCCUGUGGUCCAGAGAAUCCUCAAACAUAACAUGGAUUUUGGAAAGUGCCCUCGACUGCGUCUCUUUACUCAGGAGUACAUCCUGGCUCUCAACGAGCUGAAUGGUGGGAUGGAGGUUGUCAAGAAAUUCGUCCACAGCAUGCAUGGGCCAACAGGGCAGUGCCCUCACCCACGUGUCCUGCCAAACCUGGUGGCAGUGUGUCUCGCCGCCAUUUAUUCCUGUUAUGAGGAGUUCAUCAACAGUCGGGACAACUCCCCCAGCCUGAAGGAGAUCAGAAAUGGCUGCCAGCAGCAGAACGAACGCAAACCCCCAAUGCCGCUCCGCCUGCUGCGCCCUGAGCCUCCUACGCCGCCUCCUGCCACCCUCCUCCCCCUUUCCUCCAACCCCAGUCCUCCUCAACCGCCUCCCCCUGCCCCCUCAAACACCGCCCCGUCCAUUCCCAUCUCCUCCCCGACGCCCUCCCUGCCCCUCUCUCCUCCUCCCUCCGUCGUCAACUCCAGCGAGAUCCUGGUGGAGCUGGAGCGGAACAACAACUCAGCCAACGCCAGGCGGAAGGGCGGGCCGUCGGGGGGCGACAGCGAACCCAACCUAAUCGACUGUCUGCUUGUCAGCCCGGCCGUCAACACUCUCUCCAUCCAGCUGCCAGCACAGGCCGACCGAGUGCUGGGCUGCUUCGCUCUCAUCCUCAAGAUGCUGUCCGACUACGAUGACUGGAGACCUGCACUCGCCAGCCUGCUGCAGCCCAUCCCCUUCCCUAAAGAGGCCCUUGCACAUGCCAAAUUCACAAAGGAACUGAAAUAUGUUAUUCAGAGGUUUGCAGAGGACCCGAGGCAGGAGGUCCAUUCCUGCCUACUCAGUGUGCGUUCAGGUAAAGAUGGCUGGUUCCAGCUCUACAGUCCAGGAGGUGUGGCCUGUGAUGAUGAUGGAGAGCUGUUUGCCAGUAUGGUUCAUAUUUUGAUGGGCUCCUGCUAUAAGACCAAGAAGUUCCUACUCUCGCUGGCUGAAAACAAGCUGGGUCCCUGCAUGCUGCUGGCCCUACGUGGAAACCAGACCAUGGUGGAGAUCCUGUGUCUGAUGCUGGAGUACAACAUCAUUGAGAACAAAGACACCCAGCUGCAGAUCAUCUCCACCCUGGAGAGCACCCAGGUGGGACUACGCAUGUAUGAGCAGCUCUGCGACCGACAGAGAGAACUCAAAGAACUGCAAAGGAAAGGAGGCCCCACCCGGCUGACUCUGCCCUCAAAGUCCACGGAUGCAGACCUGGCCCGCCUGUUGAGUUCAGGUUCUUUUGGGAACUUGGAGAACUUGAGCCUGGCCUUCACCAAUGUCACCAGUGCCUGUGCCGAGCAGCUCAUCAAGCUGCCUUCACUCAAACAGCUCAACCUCUGGUCCACACAGUUUGGAGAUGCAGGGUUAAGGUUGUUAUCCGAGCAUCUGGCCUGUCUUCAGGUCUUGAACCUGUGUGAGACUCCCGUCACCGAUGCUGGUCUGCUGGCUCUCAGUUCCAUGAAGAGUCUGUGCAGUCUGAACAUGAACAGCACCAAGCUCACAGCCGACACAUAUGAGGACCUCAAGGCCAAACUGCCCAACCUGAAAGAAGUUGAUGUUCGGUACACAGAGGCCUGGUGAUCAACCACCCUCACAUGACCCUCAUACAUAACCAGACACACACAUAAAACAUGCACACACUGCACACAGGCUCAGAUACAUUACAUGAAAAUUGUGUAGUGAUGUCAUCUCCAUCGUCGCCCAUCAUUAGACCAGGAACUAUGACAUCAUCCCAGCGUGAGGAUCACCUGAUGUAACCAGAGCGUCUCUGAGGCAUUCACAUCAGAACAGGAGCCUUUAUCAGCUUCAGACGUCAUCACCAACCCCUGUAGUGACACCAUCACCAGGAAGGAACUGUUCAGUCAGCGUCACUUUUUUUCUAAAUGAGAAAUCUUUAUGGACCUCGCCGCUCCCCUUACUUCUGUCACCAAUGUUCCAAGGACCUUGUGAUCAGAGGACAUGCAAGGAGCCACUAUAUUGUGACAUAAGGACACUUUCUCUCUGUCUUUAUCUUUUGGCCUGUCUUUCAUAAUAUCGUCCCUCGGUUUUCAUAUUCAGUCAAAGUCCAGCUCUCCAGCCUUUGCCCUCACACCUCUGUGUGUCUGUGUCGUGAGGAAAACCUGAGCCUUCCUCUCUUUUUCUCUCUCUCCUGCCUUCGCACGAAGGCUGGAUACAGCAGCUCACAUUCCAGUUCUUCUCCAAUCUGAUCCACGAUGUAGCUCUCCAAACAGACAUGUCGAACUGUUAAAUCACUUCAGUCCUCACUCUCGCGCUCUUUGGCUUCAGUUUUCAGGUUUAGAUUCCGAUCUUUAAGUCUUUCAUUUGGGAAAAUGAGGUGCUACCUCUGAGAAAAGAAGAGUUGCAAGACUGUGCCUAUUCCUCCUAAACGACACGUUCACACUCAAAAAGAAAAAAAAAAAAAAAAGGUUUUUAUCAACUUGAAUGAACAUAUUUUUCCAGACAUCUGUGCUUUCAUAUAUUGUGUGUUUCUAUAUAAAACAUAUAUAUGAAGAAAACCCCCAGUGAUGACAUUUCAGAAACAUUUCGGGAACUCUGCAGGAAAGUUUAACGGCGAUGGCAAUUUUUCAUUUGUUUUCAGUGUACAUACUGAUGAUCUCCCGUUACUAUUUAAUAGGACAGUUGUGUAGCAGUAGCUGGGUGGUCUGGGACUGCCUAAUAUUUAUAAGUUGUGUCUUUAAAGCCUCCUUACUCUGUCUCUCCUGGAUUUUGUCCUGACAAUAAUGAAGUACACAGGCCCUGUUGUCUUUUUUGUUUUUUUGCAACAUACAACACAAGAAGCCAACCAAGAGGGCACCCAUACAUGGAUCUCUCUGUACCAUGCCAUGGUGGUAACGUAGACCUGUAAAGUGGACUGCAGUAAUUCUAAAGUGGACCUGUAAACAAGACCCAUCACCAGCUGAGAGUUGUAUAUUUUCAUAUCCUCUGCUAUUUUUUUUUUUUUUUUUUUUUUUUGGCUCUUUUUGAGACGGUUAUGAAAAGAAGAAAGGACACUUGCCAAACAUUGUCAUCAAGUUAAAUUUUUGUUUUGUGCACUUGUCUCUUCAGGCCAACAUGAGUGUGGUCGAGUUUAUCAAGUGGAACCUGUUAUGAACUGCCUGUGGAGGGACACUGACACUGUUUGGGUUCACGUCUCUGACCCCCCUGCUGAGGUCAGGGUAAAGAGUCACAGUGCCUCUAGUGUUGUGGAUGAGUUGCCUAUUGUUAUCUUUCUGUCACACCACCUGUUUUGAAUUGUUCUGCUGUAUUUAUAUUUCGCCAUAAUACAUGGGUGACAUUUUUAGGCUGUUGGGAUGAAUCCUUCUCAUCAAAGGAUGGGAUGAAAUUAUUGUACAUAUUCUUUCACAAUGGGCUAUAAGUGACAAAAGAUUGGAGGAAAAAAAGGCAUCUUUCAGCCAUAUUUGCCCGUCUACAUUCCCUCAAAAUGUUGCCUGUUUAUUGUGGCAACAUUUCAUAUGAUGUGGUAACUGCCCUGGCACACUUCAAGUCUGUCAGAAUCUCUUUUUGCUCACUGUCUAGAUGUGGUUUGGGCUGCUUUCUUUUGUGCCAGCAACCCUAGAAAACACAAGUCAGAUUUCCACCUUUUUUCCAGUCAGCCUCGCUCUGACUGAUCCAUCCAUUUUAUUUAUUCGUGUCAACCUCCAGAUUGCUCGGGCUGUUUGUUGAAUCGAGGCAGAAGCUGCAGCAGAGGACAGGAUGCCGUCCGCUAUGAGAUGCUUUGUUUUCUAUUUAUUGGGUGCCAUGACAGUUUUCUGUUUGGCCUGUAGACUCAGUUUGUGUACGGCCAUCUUUGGGUCUGGCUUUAGGACCCCAAGCUCUCUUUCAUAUCCUGUAAGAUGUAUAUACGAGUGUAUAUAGUCGUCUCCUCCUUUCCUCUCUUUGAACCAUUUUUGAAUCUUUCCCCCCCCUGUUUUGUCUUCUUCAUCCCUUUCUGUAUUUCUCUCAGCCUCCUUUCAUUGGCAGGCUGGUGUUGCCUUCAUCUUAUGUGCGUGUGGUUGUUUUGUUUUUUUCACACAAAGUGCACUGUAAUCUAACAAAUUAUGUUUUCAUAUUAUCUUUUAAGUUUCCAGCAACUUCGAUUUGAUCACUUUAAUCAAACAUUUGUUUCUUGUGUUGUUGUUGUUGUUGUUUAAUUUUUUUUUUUUUUUGCAUGUACAUGUUGCUGCGUCAUCUGAUAUUUUUAUUUUGUAAUUUUGUUUUAUAAAAGGUUUGAAAUAUGAUAAAGGGUCUGAUCACUAUCUUACUGAAGUUAGGGACUGAAAUGGAGAGAUCUCAUCUAAUUUUAUGAUUGGUUGUUGCCAGGAUUUACCCAUGAGUCUUGACAGAUCCUAUUGGUCGAGGCAGUUAGGGUUUGAUUGACAUUGAUUUCUAAAAAGCCAAUACCAAUACUGGUACUGCUGGACUGAAGCUGCCCCUAGUUCAGAUUUCAUCAUUUAAGUUUGUCCAUUUUCAUAUGAAAAAAAUACAAACAAAUAGUCAUUGUUUGCCCAAGAAUUUUGGGUUAAUCCUGCCAGAUAAUCAUAUCAGAGGUGGACCACACUGACUGGCCGACCAUGAUCAUUUUUAAAAAAAAAAAAAAUAAAUAAAGUUGUCGCUUCCACA